UACAAUGAACUGCGAGUGGCCCCAGAGGAGCAUCCUGUUCUCCUCACAGAGGCACCCCUCAACCCCAAAGCCAACAGGGAGAAGAUGACCCAGAUCAUGUUUGAGACCUUCAACACCCCAGCCAUGUACGUUGCCAUUCAGGCCGUGCUGUCCCUGUACGCUUCUGGCCGUACGACUGGCAUUGUGCUAGAUUCUGGUGACGGUGUGUCCCACACCGUGCCGAUCUAUGAAGGGUAUGCCUUGCCUCAUGCCAUCCUGAGGCUGGACUUGGCUGGUCGGGAUCUCACUGAUUACAUGAUGAAGAUCCUGACUGAACGCGGCUAUUCCUUCACGACCACAGCUGAGAGGGAGAUUGUGCGUGACAUCAAGGAGAAACUUGCUUAUGUGGCCCUGGACUUUGACUCUGAGAUACAGACGGCCAGCUCCUCUUCAGCCUUGGAGAAAAGUUACGAGCUCCCUGAUGGCCAAGUCAUCACCAUUGGCAAUGAGCGCUUCAGGUGCCCAGAAACCAUGUUCCAGCCCUCCUUCAUUGGUAUGGAAUCCAAUGGUAUCCACGAGACCACAUAUAACAGCAUCAUGAAAUGUGAUGUGGAUAUCAGGAAGGAUCUGUAUGCUAAUACUGUCCUGUCUGGUGGAACCACUAUGUUCCCCGGUAUUGCUGAUCGGAUGCAGAAGGAAAUCACAGCCUUGGCUCCGAGCACAAUGAAGAUUAAGAUCAUAGCUCCACCAGAGAGGAAGUAUUCAGUAUGGAUCGGAGGCUCCAUUUUAGCUUCUCUGUCCACCUUCCAGCAAAUGUGGAUCAGUAAGCAGGAGUAUGAUGAGUCUGGUCCCUCUAUUGUCCAUCGCAAGUGCUUCUAACUUGCUGUAGGGUUCUUUUCAUUACCUAGGGCUUGUUCACAUUAAGGUGACUUGAAGCCUCUGCUCUUUCUCACCACUCUACGUUUGCCCAGUAUGACCUAUUACUUCCUGCCUUUUUCACACCCGUCCAUCUUAAAUUCU